UUCAAAGCAAGGAUUGGCAGGCGGACCCCAGGCACAGACAGCAGGUGUUCAAUCCAAGAUGACACUUCAAUCAGUCCUACUCAUUCUAACGACAUUUGCCCUUAUACAAUUAACCAAGGCAUUAUUCUACACCAGCAGCAAACAAAAUGAUUUCCCUAGAAUCGGUAAACGUCGAAAUAUGUAUCCGUCUGAAGCUUGGCCACAUGUUUCGAUGGUCUCUGAUCCCCGGCGGGAUAUGCCUUAUGUUCCGCUGGAGGAGGAAGAGGAAGAACAGUUGGAUCCUUUAUAUAACAAGGAGGAAAGGGAAAUGCCAUUCACCUCUAGACAUGAACACCAAAAGCCAACGACCACUUUCUCAAACUCUAUGUAUUAUCGGAUUCUCGCCAGAAACGGUUAUCGUCUCUUUUCCAAGGACAAGCUUCGGGCCUCUCGGGACGUUGACAUACAAGGAACAGGAAGAUAUUACUAACAGGAAGGAUCUUAUUUCCACGACAUAAAUGAUGCAUUACACAUUUUAUUGAUUGUAUUGAUAAUAAAGUGUCCUCGUUCAUCUGUUGAAUGUUGGCUGAUUGUGUUUUUA